AUGUACCAGUUGGUAGACGCCAAUGGUGUAUUGGACAGGAGUCUUGAGCGUGGCUCGCGGGCUGAUCGUGGAGUGGCACGUGGCCCACUGAGCGCUGCUCAAGUGUCAAAGCAGUCGCCGUAUGUCAUGCGUGACAUGGUCGGCCAAGAACCGAGGCAUCUUAAGCAUGGUCCUUCAGAUGCGCGUGGAGUGGCACGUAAGCCACUGAGCACUGCUUUCGUUGUGAAGCAGUCGCUGCAUGCCAUUGAUGGCGUGGUCGGACACAGUCCGAGGCAUCUUGGGCUUGGCUCUUUAGAUGCGCGUGGAGUGGCACGUUAUCCACUGGACGAAGACUGCGGGUUAGCAGUUCUUCGUCGAAUGUUGUCAAUAACAUCGGAGCUGCAAAGGAGCGGAAAGUAG